ACAGGAGGUGUUCUUAGUUUAACAGUGAGCAGCAAGAGCUGAUUGGCAGAGAAAACAAAUGGAUUUAUUGUUUCAUCCAGUUAACAUAUUUGCUGUUUACUCUCUCUUCUUUAUUUCUCUGCAGGAGGUUGUUGUUACCUUUUCUAAGACCCCAGAAAAGUGAUAGAACAGAACAAGUAAAGAUUGAAACUGCAGGACAGACUCCUAAACACAGCAGGGCAUUUCCCAUGGCUGUGUAACCACUGUAUUACUGAGCACACGAGAUAAACAGCCUGCAAAUUAAUAACUCACCAGCUCAGUUUUGUUCUUUCCAUUUGGAUAAUUCUCUUAACCAGAAGAUUGGCAAACAGCAUAACCAUGGAUCUCCCAAAUAUAACAAGUCCAGUUUACAAACCGACUUCUGCCCCUGAGAGUGGAGCUGUGAAUACUUACAAUGAUUUAGUGCACUCGUAUCUCAAUCUUGUGCAGCCAAAUCCUUUCCCUCCUGGUUUUCUCUCUCAACUAAUUACUCAGAAUUUUACUCACUUUGAAUACAAGGAGGUCCUUGUCUAUGAAGUUGGAUAUCUGGUGGCUAUAGCCAUAGGAAUCCUGUUUAUUAUACUCAUGCCAAUAGUGGGCUUCUUCUUUUCAUGUUGUCGUUGCUGUGGAAACUGCGGUGGAAAAAUGCAUCAAAAGCAAACCAAGCAAAUCAACUACAAGAGAAGAUUUCUAUACAUCUUUCUGUUCCUUAUUACACUGAUUAUCCUGGCGGGAGACAUAUGUGCAUUUUUAAGCAACAAUAGAAUUAGUACAGCUGUAAAUGAGAGCUUUGAUUCCCUUAACAACACUUUGGACAACUUGAAAACUUAUAUAAAUUCAGUUCCAAAGGAAGUUGACAUUAUUAUAAAUGCAAGCGACACUCCAAUUCUUAAAGCCAAUUCGAGCAUCAUUGGUAUUGGUACAAUUCUUGGCGGAAUGAUACUUGCCCAGAUUGGCAAAACCGCAAAUGCAACACUGGAUUCUGUAGUCGACAUCACUAAAGCACUCAAUUCUACUGCAAUGUACAUGACUGCAGUGAAUAAUUCAUUUAAUUCCUUGCAAGACCAGCAACAGAUCUUACAUCAGAAUCUCAGUGAUGUAAAAAAGGAAAUAAGUCAAACACUCAACUCAUGUGGGUCUGCCUGUGACCCAAAGCCAAACGUGGACGACCUGGCAAUGGACGCCAACUUUAGUACAAUACCAGACUUCACUGACCAGAUGAAACUUAUAAAUAAUUUUUUGAACUCUGGUAUUGAUUCUACUAUACAAAAGGCUUACAAAUCAUUAAAUGAUAUACCUGAGACUGUUACUAACCAGACAAGAGAUACAGUGACAAAGGUGCAAAAACAACUGGGCGACAUAAAAGACAAAAUACAGAAUAUCCGGAGCAAGAUACCUAUUGUGGAUUCUAUAAAUAACGUGAAUAAUCAGCUUGAUGAAGUAUUAUCAAGUAUCACUAAGUACAAGAGUGAGAUUACAAAUGGUGAUAAGUACAGGUGGAUUGCUGGAAUAUGUCUUUCCUGUCUAGUACUUCUAGUGGUUGUGUGUAACUUUUUUGGUUUGCUUCUUGGCCCAUGUGGUCACAACCCAAAAGUUGACCCUACAGAACGUGGCUGUGCUUCUAAUUCUGGAGGAAACUUUUUUAUGGCUGGCACUGGAUUCAGCUUUAUUUACUCUUGGUUGCUGAUGGUAGUGGUGACGGUACUGUUUAUCAUUGGUGGAAAUUCCUAUACUUUGAUCUGCAAACCAUGGAGCAACCAGCAACUCUUCACGUAUCUUGAUACUCCAAACCUUAUUCCACAAUUGAAUCUCUCCAAAUAUCUUAAUGGCACCAAUGCAACCAUAUCUUCGCUGUACAGAGAUUGCCAUAAUAAUUAUUCACUGUGGAGCACUCUAGAUUUAAAUAGGCUUUUCAAUUUAGAUGCGGAGCUGGAUAUCAGUAAGUACACAGGUGAAGUUAACAAAACUUUAAAUGACACUGAAAUCAACAUAAAUAAUAUCACGUUUAUAGACAAUAAUCAGAAGCAGCUGGCAAAAAACGUGUCUGAAUCUGGAAUAGACAAUCAUAAUUUCUCUGAUAUAAAUCAACAGACAUCCAAAAACAUUACAAAGACGGACCUCAUAGGUUUUGCAAAACAGUUGGAGGAUUUAGCAAAUAAAACAUCAAACGCAACUGUGUCUAAAGAACUGAGGGACGAGGCCAAUACUCUUAAGCAGAUCCAAUCUUCAAUUAACACCAAUCUAGUAACAGAAAUUCAUACACUUAACAAGAGUAUCAACAAUUUGGAGGCAUUAUCAAAAACAAUACCUGGCAUGUUGAACACUACCCUGGAAAAAGUUGCAAAUACACAGAUAUUUUUGGAUACCAAGGCAUCUGAAAUAGUGAAAAAUGAGAGUUCGGUAUAUCUGAAUAUUUUACUGGGAUACUUCCAGACAUAUGUUACCUAUGCAAAAAACAUGUUGACCAAGAAUGUUGCCCGCUGUGGGCCUGUUGCUAAAGCGAUCGACUCUGCACAUGUCAUCCUGUGUGUUAAUAUUGUAGAUUCAUUGAAUGCAUUUUGGUUUAGCCUUGGCUGGUGUACCAUUUUCUUCAUUCCCAGCAUCAUUGCUUCAGUGAAGCUGGCUAAGUAUUACAGAAGAAUGAAAAGCUCAGAUGUGUUUGAGGACAAUGGCGUUCAGCUUGAAAUGACCACAGCUUCUCAACAGUUUUUAAUACCUCGAGUAACCACAAAAUCUUGAUGAACGAGAAGACAUUCGUGACUCAGACUUCAUGCACUCCAUAAAAAAUGAAGACAUUUCAAUAUGCUCAGGGAUUAACAGAGAUGACUACUAUUUUCAUUUGGCAUAUUUAUUCCAAAAAAUAUCAUUUAUUUAUUUGUCAGUUGUUUUUCCUUUGAUGGAAACUAUUGUAAAAUAUUCUAAGGAAAAUUUGAAAAAAAUGUGGUUAUAUUUUUUUCUUUGGUGAAGGGAAAUGUCAUGUAUACUGUGUCGACGUGUAUAGAGUAUAUUGAAAACUAGCUGCUAAACACUCGACUAAACCACAAAAUGUGUCCUACAAUUUAACAGGAACACUGGAGUAAGGUUGGAUGAGACCUGUAAAUACUGUUUAUUUUUAUACUGAGUUUAAAAAAAACAAUAUUUUGCCAUAAAAUAACUUUUUUUUUUUAAAUCUAAUAUUUUGCUUAUUUACUUUAUGUCCCCUAUAAUUUUGUAAAUGGCAUUUUUACCAGGACUAAUAAUUUACUGUAAAAUUGUAGCUUCUAGCUAAAACAAGGUGACUGUUUGUUUUCUCAAAAUAAUUCAUUUAAAUAUUUUGACACCAUUUGUUCAUACACUUGUGAUGUGAGAUGGCCUUUAAUAUUGCAGUGCUAACUCAACACCCCCUACAAAUAAAAUAUUUGUCAGGUAAGCAAGCAAAGUUAGGUUUUACUAAAGUGCAUUAUUCCUUUCAACAAUGGUGAUACUGAUAUAUAUAUAUAACAUUUGUUUUACAUUUUUGUUUUGUUAUAUCCAGUUUCAGGAAAUAACUGAAUGCUAUAUAUAUAUAUAUAUAUAUAUAUAUAUAUAUAUAUAUAUAUAUAUGUGUAUGUAUUGCUUAUAUAUAAUAUAUAUAUAUAUAUAUAUAUAUAAUAUUGUAGAGAGAGAGAGGAGUACAUUCAUUUAUUAGUUAACAAAUCCUUAACAUUUCAGUUUCCAUUACUUUUUUUUUUACUGUACAUUUUGUAGCCUAGUAGGAAGGGUUACGUUAAUAUAGUUAACCAAAGAUUAUAAACCCAAUUUUGGUUUAGUACAAUAUGUUUUUUUGUAAACUUUGCUUGCUAGAGCAGUUUGUUUUCCAUAGUCUGUGGAGUAAUGGAAUUCCUCCAAUAUAAUGAAGCUUUGGGCAUUUUUCUAUGAGAUGAAUUGUUGUAUGUUGUAUAAUUAUAUUAAGUUUUGCAGGCCCGUGAUUGCCUUUCAUGUGAUUUUUAUAAUAUGAUCAUUUAUCUCCUUUAAAGUUAAAAUGUUUUUUGUAUUUUUUGAGUCAAUAGGAAGUUUGUAUUAUUUUAUAUAUUUAGUUUAAAAAAAAUAAACUCUAAAACAGACAGAUGUCUGUAGCAUAGUGCUCUGAAAAUUCAACUGUUUCUAAAGCAAAUUUGCACUUUUUGAAUAUUAAACUAUUUGUUUUGAGGAUAUUGUUUGAAAUGUAUUAAAGUUACUGUGAUAAAUACAUUUAAUACAUUACUACUUUAAAAA